AUGCGGCCUUUACAUAAAAUAAUUGCUUUACAAAUACUUCAUCUUGCACUUCAGCAUUAUACUAAUGAUAGUGUGAAAUUGGCUAUUGAAUUUUUAAAAGAUUGUGGUCAAACAUUACCAGAAGCUUAUCCACAGCAAUUAGAUCCUAUAUUUUUAACAUUAGACAAUCUGCUUCAUGAUCAAUCAUUAAAUCGGCGGAUUUGA